AACAUCUGACAGCAUGGCUACCGCGGCGCAGGAGGAUUUACCGGAGACCCGGGAGAGUCCAGCGGCCGGGGGAGACAGCGGGACACCGGGGGGUGACACCGGGACACCGGGGGCUGCUGCUGCCCGGGACAAACCGGUGUGUCUGAUCGUGCUGGGGAUGGCGGGCUCCGGGAAAACCACCUUCGUUCAGAGGCUGACGGCUCACCUUCACACCCGUAAAUCUCCUCCUUACGUCAUCAACCUGGACCCCGCUGUGCACGAGGUCCCGUUCCCUGCAAAUAUCGACAUCAGAGACACGGUGAACUAUAAGGAGGUGAUGAAGCAGUACGGACUCGGACCCAACGGAGGCAUCGUCACCUCCCUCAACCUGUUCGCCACGCGCUUCGACCAGGUGAUGCAGUUCUUAGAGAAGAAGCAGCAGAACCACCGGUACAUCCUGAUUGACACCCCGGGUCAGAUUGAGGUCUUCACCUGGUCUGCGUCUGGAACCAUCAUCACCGAGACUCUGGCCUCGUCCUUCCCGUGCGUAGUGAUCUACGUCAUGGACACGUCCCGCAGCGUCAGCCCCGUCACCUUCAUGUCCAACAUGCUGUACGCCUGCAGUAUCCUCUACAAGACCAAGCUGCCCUUCAUCGUCGCCAUGAACAAGACGGACAUCAUCGACCACAGCUUCGCCGUGGAGUGGAUGCAGGACUUCGAGGUGUUCCAGGACGCUCUGAACCAGGAGACGUCGUACGUCAGUAACCUGACCCGCUCCAUGAGCCUGGUGCUGGACGAGUUCUACACCAACCUCAGGGUGGUGGGCGUGUCCGCGGUGACAGGAAGUGGAUUGGACGAGCUGUUUGUUCAGGUGGAGGACGCUGCAGACGAGUACGAGAGGGAAUAUCGACCAGAAUAUGAAAGGCUCCGCAAACAGCUGCUGGAGGCUCAGAGCAAGAAGCAGCAGGAGCAGAUGGAGCGACUCCGGAAGGAUCUGGGAGCCGUGGACAUGAAAACACCUACAACAGACGGUGCUGACAUGGCGGGGCCCAGUGACCUCAUCAUGACACGCGGUAACCCUGCUGACAGCGAGGAGGACGAGGACAGCGACACGGACGACAUCGACCACAGAGCAACGGAGGAGAGCAAAGAGACGGACGCCUUCGGGAACUUCCUGAAGGACAGGAAGGAAGUGAUUCAGGUCCGAAACAGGAAGUGUGCGACCCACGAGGAUCCGUGACCUGUAACCUUUGACCCAGAAACUCUGGAAACUACGGAACGUUUUUCCUCCCACUUCCUGUUUGAUCAGCUGACCUUGCUCGGUGAAGCUGAUAGGCUGCUCCUUCCCCCUGAAGAAAGAAGUUAUAUUUUUGUACGGAAAGACUCUUCUAUUCUGCGUCUCUUGUGUUUUCAGUGAUGUUGACUUUUGUUUGUCAAAAACUGAAUGGAUUUAUGACCUGCGAAAUGAAAGUGUGAUAAAAGUUCAGAUUUGGUUUAUUGCUCUAAACUUGAACCAGAAACGCACUUAAUGCACAGUGUGUUUCAGUCUGCACCAGGGGCCCCGCAGGACUCUGCCCUGGGCCCCUUACUCUUUAGGUUAAAUGUCCAUAUGAUGACUGAUGUAAUAAAUCAAAUGCAUGCA